CUGCAGCCUGGUGGUUCCACCCGAUGCUUGGAUACGCUGGCCGAGGUCUCCAUCACAGAUUGGCUGGCCAUUGCUGGGGCUUAAGCGCUGGCUUGGCAGAACCCCCGCCCACGCCAUCAGCUCAGCGUUGUGUCAAGCGAUGAGUGUCCCUCUGGACCUCCACCUAUAAGUCUCGUUGUCCAUAUUUCCAGGGGGAUUAGAGGCCUCAGCCACUAAUGCCCGCCGCGUUCAGUUGCACGGUUGAUAAUCUCGCCGCUGCAUUGAAAAGAGUCUGGAAUGUAAUCACCCACCUUCAGAAGCCGACAGUCGAUCUCGACGAGGUCAAGCGUAUCAGUGCUCAUUUAUGGACACUAGAAGAGAGAUUUGGUAGCGAUCCAGCAGGCUUGGCGUAUGAAGCCUCCCAUCUUGAAGCCUCCAUCAAAGCACUGCUCUCUAGUAUCCACAGAGACCUGGGAUAUAAUAUACCACCGAGCCCUGGGCCCACCGCCGAGGGCGUGGAGAAGCUUAAGCAGGGGUUCCAGGAGUUGGAGAAGCAGCUUCAGGCUUACGAUAAUCUCCUGCAAUUGCACAACGGGCAACAUGCGACGCUACAAACCCCCUCAGAUUCAAAUGCACAAGUGACAGCGCAAAACUUUGAAAUAGAAGGAUUGACUAAUGGGACACCACUCUCGACCUACCUUCGAGCUGUUAUAACGGGGAUUGAAGAGCAAGGCCCUAAAUGGCCCGGUCGCUCGAUGGCUGCUCACCAUGAGAGAACGGGUCGUCGCAGCAAAUCUGUAGGGUACCUGGCUCCGCGUCCCCGACGUCCCCGACCCCCGCGUUCAUUAUUCUUCGAAAUCCACACGUCAUAUUAUAACUCCACCACGAAACCACUACCUCCUGAUCAACCUCCAUUUCCAUCUCCGCCAAGUAGCCACUCAUAUUCUUGUGCUACCACUGUCCCGCCUCGCCCAAUCGCCGCUAAAAGGAAGAUAAAGGAAUCUUUUACCGACGAACCCGUGCAAUCUUUUAUAGGCAUUAUAGGCUAUGAAUAUGACGAAGAUCCGCUACGGAUCGAUCCGUGUUCCGUGGGUGCAUCUGUAAACGCUAUUGGAUGCUGGGCGGAGAUCCCGCAGGACAUCCAUGACGAAGCAAUAUCAGCCGCGGAAAGGCCCCACAAAAUAUCGCGGUGUUGUACGAUCGGGUGCGCACCUUGGUCAGUUGUUUGGCAACAGAGAGCGGACCGAAACACUCUCGAAGAUUAUUUCAUGCACGAAGGGUUCCCUACUUGGUCAACUUUCUCGAUCCCUAGUUCGAAUGGCGAGAAUUCUGCGAACAGUUUCACAUUAGAGGAUUUGGAGAAGGAGGCAAUUGAUAAGGCAUUUCGAAAACCGGGCUCUCAACUCCGGCGAUCUGUGUUGCCCACUGAGCAGGCCACCGUUCCGGAACAAGGCUCCGCAGGAGUCAAUGAGGACGCUACCCUCGGCGCUGGUACACAGCCGGGAAGUCUCUGCAUCUCAGGGCCUGGCGACAUCAGUCUGGAAGGAACAACCCUAGGAGAGAUGCACAACGCACGAACCACGUCUGAACGAGGUACCCCUUUGGCUGCGGCGAAAAGAGAAACCGACUCCUUGUCUAUGGUCUCAAAUGAAGAAGACAUCGCUUCACAAGCUACGAGGCAGAGAACAGGGCAAGAAAUUCUCGCCGUCAGGGAAUUCGGUUCGUUUUUCGCCGGGCUAGAAGAGUUACGACCGUUGCAUGAGGACGCAGUGGCAAAGCUCGGGACUAGGCGUUUUCUUGAGAAUUAUCGUAGGAUUCUCAAAGUGUUCGUUCUACAACUAAGAAAAGAAGCGAAAACUGCCCUGGAGAAGGACACUGUCAAGGUCAUUGAGAACCGAGAGAAUCGCCGGAACAUUGCGCAACGAGUCGUGGCCCUAAUGGAACAAGAGGACGAAGAUGACAUGAAGCCCCUAGAAGAGCUCGCUUUUCAGCCGAUUAUGAAACGAUCGCUUGAAGAUUGGGCGAGGAACACGUACGGUGCACCAGAUGACACAUUUGACGCAUUGCCCGAUGUUGUAUCCACGCAUGCAGCGCCGGAUCCCACACUGGAUGCCGUGUCAAAUGUUCCACAAGAUUCGAUACCACGUAGGCUACGAGGUAUCCGGUCAGAUGUUUCUCCAAAAGUUGUGCGAGACAUCGCACUGGGAGAAGCCGCGUGUUCCGACCGUGAGAGUGAAGAGGAAGGUGGUGACGGUGACAAUGGCAACAACGAGAGCCAGCGAAAAGAUCAUCUACGGGCAUUGACGUUUCCCACCAUCGAGAAAGCUUGCCAGUUUCUCCGCAAGAACAUGCCCUUCCGGACAUUAGUCCUCCAACUCCGACUCUUAUCCCUACCGUUAUCCUUGAGAGAAAUAGUCGAAACUUCUCCAAAACGGUCAAUCAAGAUCUCGGCAAAGGACGAUGCGUCUUUCACGAACAGCCUCAAGGCCAUCGCCGAGGCGUACACCGCAACUCCAUGGGAAUGGUGGCCACUGGCACCCCGGAUUCCAGACGUAGCGCCGGGCCGAGCUCGCCUUGAGUGGCAAUUCUGCGGCCAGCCCCUGUACAAGGAGAUAUCCUCGGCAGAAGCAGAAUCGAUAAGACAGGUCCUUGAUAUAACCGACGAUUAUCCACCAGACUGUAACUGCUGCAAAGUGCCGUCGUGUCGGGUGGAUUGGUCCACUGCAUUCCGGCUGCUAUCCCAAGCAUUCACAAGUAAACUUCCGGCGAAGCUGGCGAAUCCUUCGUCAACAGGGGUUACUCCGCCUUCCAAAGCUCACUUGCGUUACACUCCCGCCCCUACCACGGGCACUAGCUCUUCGCUCAGCGUACCACAGAGCACGCCAUCCGCACCUCCGAAUCAUUCUAUGAGUGGUAACGCCGGCCCUCAGAACCAACCCGGUGGUAAUGCAAAUAAUGCACCAGUGGAUUACUUUUGGAUUGUCUUCGGUAUUAAGGAUAUAGAUGGCUUCGACGAGAUUGAGAACAUCGAGACUACUACGCAGCUGAAAGAUCCGUCAUUCUUCGAGGACUUAAAGUCAAGACACAAACGGCAUCGAUGGUUCUUCCAAGACUGGUUUUCACCUUACCGCUUUCGGUUCUGCAGGUUUGUCCAGUUUGAGGAAGUUAUCCAAGCGCACAUUUCAUGCACUCGGGAAGCCCUCCCGGACGACCAUGGUUAUACGGACGAUUACGAAUACCAUCCGCGGCCUCCCACUGUAAUUCCCCCUAUCGACGAAAAGACCUUCUCGAUCCUUCUCACCGCAUGCGACAGCAUCUGCUACUGGUCUUUACUCCCGCGCUUUCUCCACAAAUGCCGACAAAUCUGCACCCAUCAUGCCAAACAGCAUUGGAAGCGGAUACCUCGGAAGAAGGGCGCAUUCCACAUCAGCGCGGGGCCACUCACUCCCAACCCUAGUGCUACCGAAACGGUAGCUUUUGGAAUCGAAGCGGAUUACUUACCAUCCGCCGCUUUCUUCUUCGUCUAUCACGUCAUUCUCAUUCUGCCCGCGUUCGGGUUCUGGGUCUAUUGGCUGAAAUAUCAUCCGAAUGACCUGCAAAAUGCGUCAGUGCCACUGUUCACAGUGCUCGGGCUCGUUGCAGCCUUCUGGGCGCUGGUUGGAAAACGGGCGAGCCAUUCGUGAAGAAGUCGCAACCCACGACCUUCGGAGAGCUUCUGCAUUUCCCUUUUGCUAUGGCCGGCGUACUCCCUCAGGUAUCCGGUUUAGGCAGAGCCUAGAGGUGGAUGACGACCCGCCAAUUGAACAUUCGCUGCUCUGCACCGAACUGCUAACCCAAUAGGUUUCCACCGCGAAAAUUAGGAUUCUUCCCACCAGACGGAAGCUCUAGCCCUCAUUGGAUGCUUCGUUUACCUGCCUAGGUAACAUGUUGAAGUAAGCAUGCGACAAGCGUCGAGUUAGCGUUGACUAUAUUUCCGU